UAGAUUAUUACCCAAGAUGCACUAGCACAAAAAUACCAGGCGGGUAAUAGGAAAAGAAGAGCCAUGCGAAAAGUAGUUUUGAGAAUUUUUUUUAACAUACCAGGCUUAUUUAAUAGAUUGUAAAUCGCCACAAGGCUGCAGUGUGAUCUCAGUUAUUGGGAAUAUAAAACAUUUUUGAUCAGUUAUGUUUUAAACAAAUGCUAGAGCGCGGAUCUUGGCCCUCACGCGGGCAUGAAAAGCUAACUGACGUGAUGGUGUGCUAAGCUUGCAAAUGAAUUUCAUUAGUAUUUGAAGUUCAAAUUGUUUGGUAGUGCUUGUGUAGCUGUUAGGAGAAAAUGUCUGGCUUUAACUUUGGAUCGGGAACGCUUGGAGCUACCAACACGGGUGGAGGAUUUUCAUUUGGAGCCGUUACCAGUGCCCCUGCAGCCAAUACGAGCGGCUUUUCCUUUGGGACUGUUCUGGGAACAGCAGCUGCAGCCCCUGCUCCAACCACUGCCACCUCCACCACUGCUUCUCUCGGACUGGGAGGCAGCAUCUUUGGCCAGAAACCUGCUGGAGGAUUCUCUUUCAAUACGCCAGCUUCAAGUGCUUCUGCGCCCACCACAGGCCUCGCAAUAGGCAUUCCAGCUACAACAGCUGCUACCACUGGCUUUAGUUUAGCCUUCAACAAGCCCACUGCCUCAGCGACACCCUUUUCCCUCACCACCAGCACCAGUUCCUCGACAGUGGGAGCAGGUUUAUCAUUUGGCUCCGUCCUGACAUCCACAGCACCACAGCAGCCCUCAGCCACUGGCUUCAGCCUUGGUCUCGGUGGCAUCACAACCGCCUCAGCAGCCUCAACAGUGCCAUCACUGGGCACUGGACUUUUCUCCAGCACUGGAGCCUCAGGGCUGGGCCAGACUACUCUUGGAGGAGGAGCCUUGGGUUCUUUGCUGGCCACCUCCACAGCAGUACCAGCUGCUCCUUCUCCAAGCAUUGGCCUGGGUGGGGUUGACUUCAGCACCCUCUCCGAGAACAAGAGCGAUGCAUUAUCUGGAACCAAUGCGCAGGACAGCAAAGCUCUAAAAGAUGAGAAUCUGCCCACAUGUAUUUGUCAAGAUGUAGACAAUUUUCAAAAAUUUGUAAAAGAGCAAAAGCAGGUUCAGGAAGACAUCAGUAGGAUGUCCUCAAAGUCCAUUUCUAAGGUUCAGGAUGACAUCAAAAGCCUCAAACAGCUGCUUUCUGUCUGUGCCAGCGGACUGCAGCGCCAGGCUCUGGCUAUAGACAAACUCAAGUUGGAGACAGCUCAGGAGCUGAAAAAUGCAGACAUAGCUCUGCGCACCCAGAAGACACCUCCUGGCCUUCAGCAUGAAAACACUGCUCCGUCAGAUUAUUUCCGUGGCUUGGUUGACCAGUUUGAGGUGCAGCUGCAGCAGUACCGGCAGCAGAUAGAAGAGCUGGAGAAUCACCUGACCACGCAGAGCAGCGGCACACACAUCACCCCUCAGGAUCUGACGAUGGCCAUGCAGAAGUUGUACCAAACAUUUGUUGCACAGGCUGCCCAGCUUCAGUCUGUCCAUGAGAACGUUAAGAUUUUGAAGCACCAGUACCUUUCCUACCGAAGAGCCUUCCUGGAAGACUCCACGGACAUCUUUGAAUCCAAACGGGCGUCUAACAGGAAAUGGCAGAGUUCGCCGCGAGUCACAACCGGGCCCGCCCCCUUCUCCAGCGUACCCAACGCUGCAGCUGUUGCUAUGGCAGCCACGUUGACCCAGCAACAGCAGCCAACUCCAGGGUACAAGAACUGGACAGACGAUGGGUGAAAAUGGAGCCAAAGUCCUAAAAAUGUCUUACUCCUUGGUAGGAAAUGAUAUGGACACUAACACUAGGAGUGCUUUGAGACAUUUGUACGUUAUAAAGUAACGUAGAAGUUUCUCUCAGUGUUGAACAUUUAAAUACCUUUCAUAGGUUUGAUUACACCAAGGCCAUACCACUGUUACUCGAUUAAAGCUGUUUUACCUAAGGGCUACCAUUGGCCUAACAGGGCUGGUCCGUUUUACCUUCAGUUCAUUUGAGGGACGUUGUAUAAUCGAAGUGUUGGUGAUUUAGAAGGAUACAGGGUUUGCUGCUAAGACUGGUCCGUACAGGUUCCAGUAAUUGUGCCAAUUCAGACACGUGUUUGCUGGUCACACUGCUUCCAGAUCUCUUCAUUGUGAGGAGACUUGGUUCACCACCGUGUCUUUUGAGCGUAACGUUGCCUAAUGUACGCGGUGAUCAAGUGUAAAUGCAAAUUAAACCAGUGGUUAUUAUAUAAGCUAAUUAACAGUAGGGAUGCACCAAAAUGAACAUUCUUGGCCGACACUGAAAACCGAAAAUGAAGUUACCAAGUCCGAAAACCGAAGCACCGAAAGAAAUUAUUACGGCAAUAAUUAGAACCAUAGGGUUUAUGGCUACAAUGUGCACUAACCUCACAAAAGUCAACGCGUUGCAAUAAAUGAAUUACAAAACCACAAAAAUAAUUAUUUAGCACUGACGUAACAAAACACGUUAUAAAUGAAAACUCAAAAUAAAAUGUUUCACUUGGCCCCAUUUAUUAAAUAAUAGUAAAACUGCUAAAUUAUAAGUGUACAGGCUAAUAACUGAAAGGCCUGCUGAGAAGUACUGUAAAAUUAACCUUUUAGGCGCCAACGUCGUUUAACGAGUAUGUGUUUCAUGAGUAAGCAAGCUGCACACACAAGAUCCAACGCCUAUUUCACUGUGUUUAGGACAUGGUGGGUGUAGGAAAAAAAAAGAUAAAAUCACAGUAAGAUGUGGCGGGAAUGUAGAAGAAGGACAAAAAAAGCUGGCAGACGCGGUAGAUGUGAAACUGAAAGCAAGUGUGUCACAUAAUUGAUACAAAUAUUCCAGCAAUUGUACUAAAACGGCAUCACCAAAAGGGGAAAAACGACUUUAGGCAUCAGUAUGAAUGUACUAUUUUAUGAAGCACAGAGCAGGUUGCCACGUGAGGGCGGAUCGAGAUGAAACGAGGUUCACCUGACGGUCUAUUUCGGCUGUGCUGUUUCAGUGGUUUAUGUGUUUAGGCUGAAAAUGCACUUAAAGGUCAUUUUCAGCCAAAAAUCUUUGGUGGCUGAAUUUUUGGUGCAUCCCUAAUCGGUGGUGUUAGGACCUGGUAAGGUGAUGAUUGUUGGUUUAUGUGAAGACCGAACAAGCAGCUUUGGACCUCUCUGUCCUUUUUGUUUAAACACCAACUAGACCGUUUGGGUUUCUGUUAGCGUUCAGCAUGUCUUCCACAUUCUACAGACACUGAAUUACUCACAUUUGGGGUCUUUUUGUUUGUGUUUGCAGAUACUGUAUUUAUUUUUUUUUUUUUUUUUGUAACGCCAUGACAACCGGGGUCAUCUCCAAAGUGAAGAAGUUAAAAUGUGAAGUUUUUUCUCACAGGCACAUGUUCAUCUCCAAAAUGUGUCAGAUUUGUAACCCUAGUGGACAUAUUUAUAACUCCUUUGUCUUUGUUCAGAUUUGACACAACAGUACUAAAAAAUUAGCCUUAUUAGUUUCAGAUCUAUACGCUGCUGUUUCUAGAAGCGGGCUGUAACAGACUGUUUUGAAUGUCAUUUUCUCUGAAGAAUCUUUUUAAGGUCCUUGUAUUCUGUCCAUUUCGUUGCCUCCCCUUUGCACAGGGGUUUUGUUUGUGGCAUUGAAGGGAUGAAAGUUUUCGCCUGAAAUGUAAAGAAUCACAAACCAGGGUUUUAGCGUGUGGCGCGUUUUCAAAUUUGUUGUUUUUAUUAACCUCAACCACCAGUAUUGUAGCCGCUGGAAGAAUGCAAAAGGCUCAGACUUACAAACAUUUCAAAUGGUGACUGUUCUUUUAUUGAUGAACGCACGAAACACCAAAAUGCUACCAUAAAUGCCAGUUCCUCCCAAAACUAAGAGUGCUUUUUCAGGGUGUGUGUGAAACGAUAUACUCGAAGCCUGUUGAAUAUAUAUGGUGUGCCUUUUUAGCUCUACAAUAACCGCGUGAUGCAUUUUAUGAACAGGGUGGGAGGAGGGGCUUAUGCUAGUUCAUUCACUCUCAAAAGCUUGAAAAUUUGGAAACUUGUUGAAUGCAGUAGCAGUUAGCAAGUAACGGUCAAUUCUGUUCCCAAUUGUCUGUGUUUUAUUAUGUAAGUGGAAAUGCUAAUAAAUUGACAAUAAAUCAGUUUUUAAACAAAGAAA